AUGUCCAGUGAAGCAACUUCAUUCAUUUUAGACAUUUCACCAUCUAUGGUUAAGAAUGAUACCGUAACAAAAGCUAUUGCAUACUUAGAAUAUACGUUUUUGGAGAAAUGUAAAAAGCAAAGGAAGACCGAUUGGAUUAGUUGUUACACGGCAAAUGGACAUGAAACAUCAAAUAGUCAAGGAAUCCCAAAUGUUUCCAAUUUAUGUACAUUUUUGGCGCCUAUUAGUUCUGAUGAUGUUGUUUCAUUACUUAAAGAAUUCCAAAGGCAAUGUAAUAGUAUAAGGGAUGCUAGCGAGGAACAAGAAGAUGCCGAAUCUAUGGUUCAAUGUUUACUGGUCGCAUCAUUAGAUAUGAGAGAAAAAUUUAAGAAAAGGAAGGUUUUAAAGCAAUUAAUGGUCUUCACAGAUGAUUUGGAUGGAUUGAAUUUGGCUGAUGAGGAAAUUGAUAUAUUUGUUGGUGAAAUUGACUCAAGAAUCAUUUUAAUUGAUUGUCGGGAUGAAAAUGACAAUAAUGGUACAAAUGGUUCUGGAUCUGCAUGGCUGAAAUUGAUUAAAAAACUACCCGGCUCUGUUGUUUAUCCUAUAAAUGAUUUACUAUUUGAAAUUACGUCUCCUAAACCGGCCAUUGUAAAACCUGUAAGGGUAUUUUCUGGCGAAUUGAAGUUAGGUGCACCAUGUAACAAAACAGAUGAAGAUGUUAUACAAAUAAUGGAGGAUCCAGAUUGUAUAUCAAUCAAAGUGGAAGGCUAUCCUGCGACAAAAGCCGUUUCAAGCUUGAAUAGAAAAAAUGUUAUCAAGACUCCGAAAACAGAAAAUACUUCAGCUGAAUUUACAUAUGAACCGAUAAAGUCGGUUAUUGAAUAUGAAAUCAAAACCCGAAAGGAAGACAAACCCGGUAACGAUGAUGCUAAUGGAGAUGGCGCAGAAGUAGCUGCUAGCCAAGAUGAAGAUUUUGUUUCAAUUACCGUAAGUCAGAAUUCAAUUACGAAGGCUUAUAGAUAUGGUGCAGACUACGUUGUUUUACCACCUUCAUUGCAAGAACAAUUGACCUAUGAAACAUGGCCAAGUUUAGAUAUUAGAGGGUUUCUCGAUAAAGAUUCUUUACCAAGAUAUUUAUUGACAUCAGAAUCUAUUUUCAUAAUGCCUGACACAAGAUUGGGUUCACAAGCUGAUAAUGUGACAUUCAAUGUAUUAGUAGAUGUGUUGUUAGGUCAAGAUAAAGUUGCAAUUGCCAGAUACGUCCCGAAGUACUACAGCGAAGUGCAAAUGUGUGUUUUAGUACCGUUAUUAGUUCUACAUGAGGACGGUAAGACAUUAAUAAGGGCCUUCGUUUUAAAUAGACUACCGUUUGCUGAAGAUGAAAGAGUGGCAGACUUUCCUAGACUUACCAAGAGGAAAACAACAUCCGGCCAACCUAUACCAGAAAAGGACGAGGAUUUGGAAAAGAUCGACUCAAUAAUGUCUGAGUUUAUAGAUUCGAUGGAUACAGAUGACUUACCAUCAGUUCCAGCAGAUAGGUACUAUGAACAAAUUGCACAAAAUAGUUACAGCACAACAUUAAGAUUACCUGCUGAUAAGAACAUCGAAAAAGAGAAGACAGAGCUGGGUGAGUCCAGUGAUCCUUUACGCAUACCGUCCAUUAGUGUGCAUAGACAACAACAAGUUCUCUUAGAAUGGAUCCAUCAGAAGGUCGUCAUGGGUUCUGAUGAAUUCAUCAUGUCUGAUUUACCAGACCAAUUACGUGAAAAGAUAACACCGUACACUAGUAAAACAAUGGACGUAAGCGGCUUAGUUAAGAUGUUGCAGAUUAAAAAGAUUGAAAAGGCAAGUUCUAGAGGGAAGAAUGAAGAGAUUCCUGUUUCUGUCAAUGCAGCUCCGCCAUUGGAAGAGCUUUUGGCAAGAGGUAAAAGAGAAGACGUCUAA